AGUAAAACAUUCUCCAAGCCUCACUGACAUCUCUAAAAUCAAGCAAAGUUACAUCGCUUGGCCAGCCAACACACCACUCAGUCUAAAAUGUAAAGCUGAUGGCGAACCACCGCUAGAAGUAAGCUGGUAUAAAAAUGGAAAACUCGUCAAGUCUUCGGAAAACAUCUUUCAAGACCAGAAAUGGAAUUUGAAAUUUCGUAAGCCUCAAUUGGCUGAUAACGGUGUCUACACAUGCGUCGUAAAAAAUGAUUAUGGUUCGAUCAAACAUAAUUACAGUCUUCGUAUUUUACGUAAGUAACUCAACUAUUUUAGCAUAUUAGUAGGUUUAGCAUAUUAGUACUACGUCCCACCAAUCGUUUUGGGUUUGCAUAAAAAAGCGAUUGAUAAUUUACGAAUUCCUAUGAGUUUACCCAGUAUUUCGUAUUUUAUUCGCCCGUCUAAUCCAAUUGAGAAGUAACUGACCCGGGAAAACAUUUUCAAGUAAACGCGGGAACAAAGACCCGCUCUCCUUAGGAGACGCUUAAGGUUAAGGGUUAACGGGUUAACCAGAUUAAUAGCCGUGUCUCCUGCUAACCUACCAAGCAGCGAUGCGAAAAAUCCCAUUCGAUUUGUUAAACCCAAUCGAUUUUACUCAUCAAAGGGAAAGAGUUUAUGUUAAUCGUGACUUUUGCUAGCCAUUACUAUUAGGCAGCAAUGCGGCCUAUUGUACUCAUGCACUUUAAAAGCCACACGGUUUUAUUUGUGAAACAAAGGAGUUGGGGUGAAAUGGGUUAACCAGACUACCUGUGUAGAAGUCUCUUGUUAAACCAAUUAAGCAUGAAUGGGCCAUAAUAUCCCCCUUGCAAGUCCCUUUAUUUCAAAAAAGCUUCUGCAGUCUGAGCGAAAGGCAUUCAAAGAAUUACAACUUGAAGGGAGAUUGUUCCAAAUCAUACCACCACUAUAAUAAAGUUGAAAAUGGAUUAAUGGAUUAAUGUUGCAAAUGUCAUCCUCAUUUAGAAAGAAUCCAGUCAGCUCCAGUACUCGUGUCAGGUUAUCCAAAACCAGUCACAGCUCGAGUCGGUGAUAACGUAGAGCUACGAUGCCUUGAAAAGCCGAAUGGUCAAGUUAGCCACUACAGAUGGUUGAAGACAGACACUCUUGUCAAAACCAACCAAAUCAGUCCGUAUGACAAAGAGAACGUGAACUGGUUAAGCCCACUAAACUACAAGUCAUUCGAAGUUGAUGAUGGUAACACGAAGUUAAAUGGUGUGAUGUUAGAGUUAACACACGUCACUGAGGAGGAUAUGGGAUAUUAUACAUGUUUCCUCUCUAACAGCAAUGGUUUCACGUUUGGUACUACAUUCCUGAAUGUGACACCUAUUCUUCCUUCAGGUAUGACUUUUCCAAUAGAAUCGCUUACUUUAGUCGUAGUCCUAAAGUGCUUAUGGAACGAGAUUUCACACCAUUUUUUAUGUUUGCACUGUAAAAGAAAAUUCAAAAUGACAGAAUAAGGUACUUUGCUACACCGUCUUAGAUUGCUUUGUUCUUGAGAUAUUUAACAAUUUUUGAUAUGCAAAUAAUAAUCACAAUGACGUCACAUUGCAAAAUGACUUCUUGAAAAAGCUUUAAUAUCAUGGAAUAUGAUUUGACGUCUGUAAGAGUUAUAAAAGUCAACAUACAAAAAUUGAGGUGUCAAAGGUUCUUUCGUCAAUCUUGAAUUGUUUUGGAACUAUCUCAAUCAUCUCAUCAAAAGUUUCAGUAAAAAUGAAGUCGUUGGGAUUAAAUUUGUGACGUGAAAAACAUUUUACCGUCGGAAACCCAUUGUUUUGUUCAAUUUCUUUUCAGCUAGUGCAUGUUUACUAUCAUAGCAUGACCAGUUGCUGUAGCUAGCUAAAUACUUCGUUAUAUAAAUGCAUGAAGUUAAUUGUUAGUUGUUUGCUAUUUGAUGUUAACGAAUUGUCCUUGGGUUCGCAUUAAUUGGCUAAUCGUUGUUGCGAAUACCCUGCCAUAGUCUAUUUAGUUCGUUAAAUGUAUAAUUAUUACUUUGUAAUAACUGUACGUUAAGACUAUCUGGCGAAGGUAACAAAUCAAAUUAAAUUAACAUACCACCUGUAAUUCGUUUUACAACACAAAUUCAAAGCAAGUUGGGCUGUUGUAAAGGCAUGGAAGAGGAGAGAGGCACUGCAGGGGCGUGGCGACCGGGAGCGCUUGAGGGGGGGGGGGAUUGCGACGCCCCCCAAUAAUUCCAAACAUUAAAAGGUUGGUCAAAAUGUUUUAUUGUUGGUCAAAGAAAAUAUUAAGAGCAAAUGCGCUAACAUUUGAAGAAAUACACUUUCAUCAAUAUUGAAAUUUGGUCAAAUUUGUUUUUGGUCAAAAUAUAUUAAGGAAAAAUGCGAUUAAAUUUUAACUGUAAUGUGCAUUCGCGCAUCACCAAUUAGUGUUUAUUUUGGGACCAUUUUUUGUCAAUAAUUAACUCUGAUAGUUUUACAAUCAACACAGAUCUUUCAAUUCUAGCGUUUAUCGCAGAGACAGGGGCGCACAUUCGAGGGCUGUGGGGGUGUUACACCCCCAUAAUUUUGAGAAAUAUCCAAAAAGACGGUCCCAAACGGACAAUUUUGUCGGUCCCGAUCGUCCAGUAUAUAAACAUUACCCAAACUGUUUGUUUCCAUGGCCAUGUCCAAAUAAAUUAAUAAAUUUUGAAACGUUAUAAAAUGCUUAUUGCCAACACUAUUUGAAUCAGCAUCGUUUCUGUACUCCAUAUAUACCGAGUUGGUCUACCAAUUUAGUAGUUGAAAAGGACCGAACGAAAGAGGUAAAUAAGACUCUGAAAAUAGCAUUUCCGACGGUCUAGAGACUUCAAUUUUGCAAAAUGUUUUCGACCUUUGCACCUUUUAUUCAAUCACCUACAUCACAGAGAUAUAUAAACGUAAUCGUGGACAGAAAUAUUGAUCGCAAAUGGCUCGGCACACUAAAGAAAUGCAAUUUCGAAUAUUCGAAGGUCAAUACGAUUCCCCCUAGGUAUACGCGUCGCUUCCAAAUAUAAACACGUAAAAAGUCGACUCGCUCCCAAAAUAUUUUACACCCCGCCCUAAAAAUAUUUUAGGAUGUGCGCCCCUGCGCAGAAGUACCCGAAACGGUGAGACUGCAAAUGCUGUGGACUGCACAUCAUGAUUUAAGAAGCAGCCACGAUCAUUUCCCUAUACUGUAUAAGGAAGUCUUAGAGAAUUAUAGUUCAAAUAAAUAUACCGAGUGUAUUUCUAUUAAUAAUAAUACUAGUUAAACAUUCACCGUUGGCCGCAUACAUAUGAUUAAUAUCGUGCAGAUUACACGACUAUGCAGAUCGAUUUGCAUGAACUCUCUCGUAUUACCCCCAAUAAAAAGGAACUGCACCACGUAGAAAAGAGAAAGUUGGUCAUUUUCAUUGAAAAAGUUGGUCAUUAUUGUGUGACGCCCCCCCCCCCCCAAUCCUGAGUCGUUCGCCACGCCCCUGACUCUGAGGAAGCUGCCUUGAUCCCUAGUUGUUUAGGUAAAUUCAAUCUUCUCUGCCAAGAAAAGUCACUAAUAUCCCCCAUGCUAACCUGUUCAAAUUGAUUACUAACUUUAGUUUACAUAUUAGAAUAUGUAAUCAAUUACUUUUCGAGUCAAAAGCAUUUCUUUGCCGAAUCUUUCAUUUAUACAGUUUUUCUACCUUUGUAAAGCAAACCAUUAAAAAUCCUGUGCUCGACUUUUUUCAGAUCCUCCAGAAUUUCUCAUUCCGAAACACAAACGACAGCAUUUUAUCGCAAGUCUGGAGAAAGAGGAUGUCACUUUCUCGUGUUUGGUCCGAGGCGGAGCCCCCCUCAAAUAUCAAUGGUUUCAUAAUGGAAGAUUAUUGAAAUCUGAUGAAGAGCACGAAAUCCGUGAAUCUGAAUUAGUAGUGAGACAUAUCCAACGUGCUGAUAAUGGAGUUUAUUCCUGUAGAAUUAAGAACGACUAUGGCCACGUCAAACAUAACUUUAAGCUCAAAGUGUUAGGUAAGUUUUUGAAUUUAGUGACGUACCAUACUGGAAGCUUUAUAAUUUAUAUAGUUCCAACUUGCGACGAUAUCAACCACGAUUUAAAACUAGCUGUAGUUUAAUACAGGUAUAUUUAGAGUGAAAUUCGAAAAAUAGAACGCAUGAGUGAUGGUCCUGAAGGAGAGAAUGGGGUAUAGAUCCCAUUUCCCAGCUCAUUUCUAAAUUCAAUUUUUCACUCAUCGAAUGUUUUGACCAAAUCCCAGUUUGAACUGCAAAGAAUAUCUCUGAGCAGGUGUUUCACCAACACAGUUUUAAAACAGAAUAUUCUUGUGUCAAUAGCUCUCUUUUGAGAAAUAACAUCUCGAAGUAAAAGUUUUAAAAGUCUCUAAAAUAGCGUCAUUUUCUGCCACAGAGUGGACAUACUAAGUACAUCACAGCAUAAAAAUUACAAUAGCAUAAAAAUUACCUCGAGUCGGAAAAAGGCAGAUGCAGUCUUCCAGAAUAUUUUUAGACAAAUUACCAAAACAAAAGUUGCAUGCUCCGUGACUUUCUUUGACGUUAUGUAAACUGUGAAAUGUCCAACUACACCUGCAUGUCCUUAUAACGGUACAGUAUAUGUUACUAUGUGUUUUUCCAUUCCCAUUUCUGUGUCUGUCUGUCAUUUCUAUUCCAAAACAUCCCAAAUCCCGUUUUCCCAGCCCCAAAAUAGGCAAAUCUCAGUUUCCAUUUUAUCCCUUCAGGAUCCUCAUCAGUCAGUUUUUCAAAGACGUCCUAAAUUGCAUGAGUUCGAAAGAUGAAUGCAAUUUUGAAGUCUUCGAAAAACUCACGACUGUAUCUUCUUUUACCUUACACCACAUCGUGAAUAUUGUUAUAUUUCCUUUUCAGCUCGAGAACCAUUGUAUCCAGACCAUCCAGUGUUACUCCGUGGAUAUCCUAAAAAUAAAAAGGCAGUGGUUGGUGAUUCAACUUCACUGUAUUGUGCUGACACCAGCAACACGCUGGUUGACUACAGGUGGUUGAAGUGGAAUAGGUCUGUGAAGAGUUUUACCGAAGCCGAUCUUCGUAACGGCACAUUAUUUACUAUCUUACAUCCACAGCAUUACGGACAGGCUUAUAACAAGAGAGGGGUGUAUUUGAAAUUAAAGAAUUUGACGAUGGCAGACGAAGGGCUGUAUACAUGCCUGGCUAUAAGUGUUCACAUGGGGUUUUCGUACAGGAGCGCUUUGCUGACUGUAGAACAGCCUGUUGAAAGUAAGUUUAUACUGAACUUAAUCUUUGUCUGGUGUUGUCCUGGAACAUUCACAAGGAAGGCUGUGCGCCUGUUCAAAUCAACACGGAUCACAAACUUGGAAUUAGUAACCUGAGAGAUAUCCGCUCGGGGCCUCUUUUAACAUAUAAACAGUGGGGGCAAGUCUCCUGUUGGUCCCUCCAGUAAAAUACAACCCCCAACCCCCGAAAGGUCUAACAUGUAAGCAAAAAAGGGAGAAUGACUUAGUUUUGAAGAGUGUUUUAUAUUCUCAUGACCAAACCUGCGUCUAGUGCAUGAGUAUAUCAAGAGGUUGUGUUUGAAAAAGCAAGACAUAAAGCUUUUCAAAAUUUUCGGGGUGAUUCCCCAGACCCCUUACGGCUCUGACGUUUCCAAUUCACCGCCUCCUAGUUAGGUUCUUUCCCUUGAUGUCCUCCCCUACCCAACUGACAAAUCCCUAAUCCGCAUACGUUUGAUAAUGCACAUAAAAAGUAUUGUGUGUUCAUAAGGCAAGUUAUAAGAUGAUUUCACCUCGCGCUCUGAGUUGGUCAAGUGACAAGUGGGAUGAAUUUCCAAACAAUCAUAUGAAUACGACAUUCGGUAGACAAAACAAAAAACGAUCAAUUAAUCCGUUGGUUCAUUUUUUAAUUGAUUGAACAGUAUCACCAGGACUGAAUAUCAAUGGUUCACAGCGAACCAUGGCCUUACAUAGUUUAAACCUCAAACAUUCAAUGAUAUUUUAUUUUAUUUAAUUUUUAUUUAUUAUUAUUAUUAUUAUUUCGGUUAUAUUUCUAGAAAAUUACGACCAACAAAUUCGAAUGGCUUGGCUGAAAGAAAGAAGCACUCCAAAAGUAGAGACUACUCCGAAGGCAAAAAUUACCUCAAGGCCAACAGCAAGUCAUCAUUGUUUCAAUUACAAAAAAAACUUGGACAAAGAAGAAUUGACUGAGGUUAAAACGCAAUGUGAAACUACUGCCGCCUGUGCCAUGAUGUCCGAUGAGAGAACAAGCGAACUGAAGAUGUUUUGUGAUGAGCGGAAUCUUUGCACGAAAAACAAUAUCACUUCUGGCAAGUGUGCAAAGGUAUGUGCGCUAUUUACUUACCCUGCUUUAAAUAGACGACCGGCCAACAUGUUGAAAGGUACACUCUGAUGGCACUUUUUGUUACAAGCUGCCCACUGGCAUUUUCCUAUAGCUUACACAUUGGUAAACACGACCACAUAUGUUGGCACCUCUGAUCUUGGCUUUAUAGCCGAACAUUUGCGAUUUUUAAAAUUUCGCCUAAUAAAGUACUAUGUUGACUUAAAAAGUAUAUAUAAGAUAUGCGAAUUUGCAAGCCGGUUUGAGUUAAAGGAGCUUAAAAUUGGCAAAAUAGUAACGAUUACCAUGUUAUUUCGCUGUUGCUCUCGUCAUGCAGUCGUUAUAUAACAAUAAUACAAUUUUAAAUUUGACCAAUCGGUGUUCGCUAUUCAUGAUAGUCCGCCAUAUUUUUGAGAUCAGUGAGGAUAACACUCAUGAACGGUGAACCCAGGGAACUCUAAACUGGGUGAACCAUAGCCAUGCGUCCACGAUUAUUGAUGGACCAGACCCAGUCUUUUCACGCAUGCGAAAAGCGCUCAAUAUUCAGUCAAUCAUGAUAUUAACACGCGUGUUUGACCCCAAGACACGCGUGUCUGGGGUUCAAGAUUUGGCUUUAAGGGGAGGAUAGGCAGUUUAUCUGAAGGUAGCGUUCCAGUUAUAUUGAUUUCAAUGACUUCGAUAAUGCUUUCCUUUCCCUAAGGGCAAAUAGCCGUGCGGAAUUAGUACCCUCGCCCAGGGCUUACCCCCGGAACGGCGUUGGCUCGGGGAUAAAAUUUACGCUAGAUAGAUUUUAUGCCAGAAAUUACGGAUUAUUAUUGGAUUAAGCAUUCUUCUCUUGACUCUUCUGAAAUAUAUAACCAUAUUACUAGCUGUAAUGAAUUCAAUUUUGUAAUAAACCUACUCGAACUAACACCUAAUGACGAAGUUAGUAACAUUAAAUGUUCAGUAACAGAUUUAAUAUUUACUAACACUAAGAUAAUAGAUAAAUCCAAUCACUGGUCGUUGAUACUUUAUCAAGAGUCUAUUGCUAUUAAUAGAAUGAAACCGUCCCUAAACCAUGGAACUAAAGCCUCUAAAGAUCUAUUAAUAUUUAACUAAUCGUAUCUUGUUACUUCACUAUAUAUACUUGUACAUAUGUAAUAUCAUCAUCAUUCAUUUCCUGAUGAUGACUAUACAGGGUGUAUAAAAAAAAGCGCAAUCCUCGACUGAAAUGUAAAUUGCUAAACAAAUAAUAGACGAAAACGUUAAAGUUUACAUUCAUUUUAAAGCGUAGCCAUUCAGCUUUCUAACAGUGGGUUGUUUCUUAAAUUUGACUCAUUGGUUCGCGGCUAAUAAUACUUUACGUUAUUGCGAUUGGAGAUUAAAAAAUUGAGAUGGAAUAACAUGUACAAAUCGUUCUCAUGAAAAUAACUGAUUUUUUCAUUAAAACAAAAAAAUGUUGCAUUUUAUUAAAUGGAAUGUAACAAUAAGUAUAAUUACGGCUUUUCUUCCACUAUUUUUAACUCAGUUUGAAACUUCAAAUGCGAUAUAAUUUUGGCUUGGACCAUCUAAGCUGACUGACAUCAACUUGCUAUAAUUUCUGUUUACAUCGCAAUUCGAUGACACUCUGGCUCAGACACCAGAAUGUUUUGACGAUUUUUAGCAUUCGUUUCGGAUUUUCAAACAACCUGGUCUCUUUUAAAAUACUUUUAAUUUGUUCUUACGUGGUUUUCCAGAUGUAGUGACGACAUCAUUAAAGUUUAAAGAAGAAAAUUCUAACAUUUAAACCGACUAAACAAUAACAUAGUAAACUUGCAUAAUUAAACAGCAACUAAAAAUGAUAGGUUUUACUAAAUCUUUUCCUGUGCAAUUGUUACUAGCAUUGGAGACAAGGAUAAUAGUUUGUUUGAAAGAGAAAAGAACAGGCUUUGAAGUAAGCCUAAAAGCGUUUAACUAGAAAUAGUAUUUCGAAAGUUAUUAAGCACAAAAGAUGAAUUGCGUUUAUUUUGAUACACCCUGUAGUUUAGUCGAAACGUCGAAAUAAAUUUUUCAAAAUGCUUUCAAUUUUCGGAGUAUCUAUUGUUUUGUAUAGAUUUUAUGUAAACGUAUUUUAAUACUUAUUUAGGGUGCUUAUGUAAGGGAUGCCGGAAGAAUUUUAGUAUGCAUUUAACCUAUUAAUUACAAAAAGCUGCGGUAAAUCGCGCACAGUAUUAUGGUCUGGUCCGGUACUUCCUUUUUCAGCCAUGUACUGCAUAGGUACGCGGAAUUCUUCGUAAUUCUUCGUACUUACUUUUCCUGGUACCAUAUGACUUUUACUGCCGAAGGUAUUCAAACCAUAAUGAAGUCAGUAUAAUUUAUGUGUAAGUCUGACUUGUCUUGGAAUGUAAUAUGAUUGGAUUGAUUGAACUAAGGAACGAUUGUAUUGCAUGUAUACUGUACGUACUGUAAUUGUGCUAUUGUUCUAACUCGCAGUUUCAGGUCACUGAAUGAAUUUUCAGAAACCUGCACUUUAUGUACUUCAUUUAAACACGGUUAAUAGACGUAGAUGUUUAUUAAUACCUUGAAUCUUAAGUUUGUACCAGCUCAAUUACGUAACAUUAAGCAUUGGAGUUGUACUAAAAAUAUUUAAUUAUCGUACCUUGCAAAAGGGGGUAGAGUGCGAUCAGAGUUUAAUUCAAACAUACAGCGGUUGGAAGCACUAGCUGUGUCUCUGUUCAGGGCUUUAGCUAAUAAACUAACUCUGAGACGUAAUUCCUAUUACUAUAGGUGACAUUCGGGACAGUUCUUUGCUGCUGUGUUGGUGAGCUUUGUAAUCAACAAACGAAUAAGCUUUUCCAGAAAACGAUGAAAACCCAAGAACACUCUUCGCGAUCACGAUUAACACCUGUCAUUUUCUUUUCUGCAUUUGUCCUAACAAUCUCCCUCAUGCUGGCGUUGCUAGGUUACCGUAUACGUCAGCGAAAGGCGGCGCUUAAAGAAAGCAUUGUGCACAAGACAAGGCCCAACACACGAAAAAUGACGAAGCAAAAAAUCAUGGAAACGAGAUGGAUGAAGGAAGAUAUUUGACCUGACGGGGAUAGUCGCUGAUUUACACUGAUCUGUAUGUACACAACUGAAUUGAGCAUUUGCUGACAUGCCUUGUGUACUGCAAUGGGGGGAAAGCUAUUCUGCACCAGUGAACUCAGCUGAUGUAGUGACGUAACACUAAAGAUUCGGGUUAGGGUUACGGAGUAACGUCACUACGUUAACUGAGUGAAGAAUAAGCUCUACCAGGCAAAAGACCAAUUCGCGGAUAUGCAUCCAUCUCUGUUGGCAUAAAUGUGUCUGUUUUAAAAACCUGUUAGGCACCAUGAAUAUAUUUAUAGUUUCAUAUUUUUAGUUUCGACUUUCUUUUGGGCUUAAGCAAAAAUUCUGGUCCCGGAAAGUACUCACCCUUCGCUAUAGAGCCUCGUUUUCCGGAUUGAGAUAUCGACUUUUGAGCCAUUUGUUUUGUCACUGAUGACCAAUUAUAAAUAAAGGUCUUUUAUGUUAUCUAAUCAAACUGCAUGAUUUUGUUAAUGUGAACACCUGUAACAAGAUUGAGGAUAACGAGGCUCUAUAGCCAGUUUGAGUACAUUUCGGAAAGGUGUAUUCAUACAGAUCAGUGCUAAACAAGGCGUUGGACCGAAACGAUUUCAGGCAAGCAGUGAUCGGGCGGCUUAUCAAAAGUCAACCUAACGAACCUAAGUGAGACAUAUUUUUAACACAGAACACGUACUUCGCUACUAUGAUAAAAUAACAAUGUACCAUAUACCUAUUUUAUAUACAAAGUAUUAGCAGGGUUUAAAACUGCAUCUUGUCAUGUUGGACAAUGAAUACAUUUUGUACGUUUAUAUACCAACAGUAGUAAGUCGCAAAGGAGAAGAGUAUUUUAUGGUAAUUAAUUCGUAAUUAAUCAAUUAAUUAAGCUAUACAAGUCCCAAAAUAUAGUCAAUCGAGAUAAACUCAACAAAAAAUUUUCGGGACACCAGCUAUGACAUUGUCCCAACGUUAUAUAUUUCUUCCUUUUUUUAAUUAAUACAUGCGUCGUGUUUCCCUUUCAUCAUUUGCCCGAUUUUUAAGUAGAAUCCACCCGACUUAAAAAUGAUUGUGGGGGCUGUAGCCCCCCUCAAGCCCCCUAUGCCCAUGGUUGUGUUCCAAAUUUUUGAAAUAAUCAUUAACAGGCAUCAACGAGAUAAAUUUUGAUAGUAAGAUCGCUAGAAACUGGUAGAACCAAAUGUCAUGGCUGUUUAAGACUGGAAACCUGUUGGCGUAUUGAUGCUUUACAUAAAUGACGCAUGGUUUCAAUGGUCGAUUGGGUGAAGCAGAUUUUAGUGUCGAAAUUAAAUUUAUCUCUCAGAUUGGAUUUUGGAUGCCCACAAAUAACUAACUCUGUAAUAUUCUGGAACACAGCAGUUAACCAGACAUAGUACUACUACACAAGUGCUGUGCCGUGGAGCAUGCGCAAAACAGCACGUUGGUGGCUUAAACCAGUGCAUCGCAAGCACGAAAACAUAACACCGCGAAAAAACGUCUGAAAUUUGCCUUGCAAGCAUGGUGUCAAGUAUUCCGAAUGUUGUCAAAAACUCAGAAUGAAAGCGACUUCGAUGUUUUGCCUUUUCUGUGAAAAUGCAAGCGGAAUAACUAUGAAUGUGACAGCCUAAAAACUAGAAAUAAUUACAUCUUACAUGUGCAAGAAGUAGUAGUAUGCAAGAAAAUGAACCAAAGGUGACUGUCGGUAAAUGUCGUUGCAUGACAGUAAAGACUAAAAUGUAAAACAACAUGACAGUUUAUCAAUUAUUAAGAAACCUUGGUAAUGUUUCUGAGAGGAAUUUCAGAUUCAAAUUUGAGCUAAAUUUCCUAAAACCAUUCUCAAUUAAAUUCAUGUGAAUAACGAACGAUUUUCAAAGCGCAGUUUUUGUAAUAAAGGCAACUUGCUGCCCCCGCACUGUUUGGCACCCGUGGCUCUGUAUUUUAGUAAUUCAGUGCACAUUAAACAAGAAAAUCUCAUUAUUUGACACCCAUCUACCUUUGACUUAGUCUCGUAAGUUUGCUUGAAACCAACCUAUUGUCGAGCAUGUUGUUCAAAUUUACGGACGAGUAGAGUAGAUAUAAAUGUAAUUAGAAU